AGUCGAGGUCAGGGUGGACAAAAAUACAGUAAAUGUAUGAAAAUGUCCACCCCAGCCUCGCUCUUGUGCUGUUGUUUGUACGCACUGAAGUGGAGUGCGGGAAAGGUCUAUUCUUUAUUUAACAUGACCACUCCGCUUAGCUAAAAAGCUUCUUUACAGGAUACCCACUCAAAAUGUCAAACGGUGAUAAAAAGCAAUUGAAGCAUUUUUUCCUUUACUGAUCUAAUUUGAUCUUGUUUCAGUGAACGCUAUAUCUUGGGCUUCUCCAGACUACGGUUUGAUGUUAGCUUGUGGUUCAUCAGAUGGCUCUAUCUCAAUUUUAAGUAGUUCAGGUGAUGGAACGUGGGAAACAAAGAAAAUAAAUAACGCACAUACGAUUGGUUGUAAUGCUGUUAGCUGGGCACCUUCAGUCUCACCAGGAUCAUUGCUAGAGGUAAUGAAAAUGACAAGAGAAUUCCUUAAUUCCAGUUACUAUAGCCCUACAGCCCAAUUCUUCACUGGGAGUAAUGGACAAUGUGGAGCAAACCUUUUAUUCAUGUUCCAUUUAUUAAAUUAUUGUACAUAUAGCGAGAAUUUUAGGCAAUAAACCUUGCAAAUAGAAUUCUAUAUGUGCUAUAUUUCCACAUGCGAAAAAAGCGAUAUGUCCAAUCAGCUUCGCGUAUAGCGUUCUUCCCAUGUGAAAAUAUGACCAGUCACCAUUCAGAUUAGAAUCACUCAGCCAAUCAGAGUGAAGCACUCAAAUGGCUUCUGAGAAGCACGGUCUUGAAAUCAGUGCCCGCUUGAAGGUUAUGUUUCGAGAACAUGGCUUCGGCUUCCCGUUUUAGUUCACUUUCGGAAAAACAGCAGUGGAAUAUAUCCAACAUCUUGAGCGCUAGAACUUCAGUUUGAGAAUCAAUGGCCAUUUAAGAAACCGAGGAAGUAAAUUUAA